CACACAUUGUCUGUGGUGCACCGGGACGAGGAUUUAAGCACUGAGACAUUCACAACACUCAACAGUGAUGGAAAACUCCGCAGGAGGAGGUGACGCUGAUCCGCGUGCGCUGAAAAGAGGGUGUUAUUCUACGCGCCACAUUUCAACACCCUCUUCUUUCUUGGAAAUGCCGCUAACCAAAAAGUGUUUAAAAUACACAUCGCGUGUGCUGACUGAUUACAGUAUGUGGGCCACUAACCGCGUUGCAAUCUGUUAUUCACUCAAGUUUAACUCCGGAGCCACAAGAAUCGAUCAAUCUCGUUGACCGCGUGUGCCACUCGUGCGUCACCGGGUGCGCACGGCACCCUGCCUGCUGCUGGAGGAGAGAGGCUGUGCGCUCACACCCACUUGGAACAAGGCGCUGGAAGGAUAUUUGCUUUCAACGCAUUCUCAUUUUGCAGACCUACCUCCGCGCGCUGACACGCGCGCAACAACUUUGGAUGUCCUUUGGGGAUGGUGUUGCGCUUACGCCGCGCGCCGUGGCGGACGGAAAACAGGAUGGCUGCUCCUCAUAACGGAUCCAACAUAACGGCAAACUACACCAACCAGUUCGUGCAGCCGCCGUUGCAAGUCGCUCUCUGGUCCGUCGCGUACAGCUCCGUGAUGGCGGUGGCCGUGUUCGGAAACCUCAUCGUGAUAUGGAUCAUCCUGGCGCACAAGCGCAUGAGGACGGUGACGAACUACUUUCUGUUAAACUUGGCGUUUUCGGAGGCGUCGAUGGCCGCGUUGAACACCUUGAUCAACUUUAUCUACGCCACCCACGGGGAUUGGUACUUCGGGAAAGCGUACUGCAAAUUCCACAACUUCUUCCCGGUCACGUCCGUGUUCGCAAGCAUCUACUCCAUGACCGCGAUAGCUGUGGACAGGUACAUGGCCAUCAUCCAUCCCCUCAAGCCUCGUCUGUCGGCGAAGGCCACCACCGGAGUCAUCGUCUGUAUCUGGAGUCUGGCCGUGGUUCUGGCCUUCCCUCUCUGCUACUUCUCCACCACCCAGACCCUCCCCCGCAGGACCGUCUGCUACGUGGCCUGGCCCCGCAUGGCCGACGACCCCUUCAUGUAUCAUACCAUAGUCACUGUUCUGGUCUACGUGCUGCCCCUAGUGGUGAUGGCCAUCAACUACACCAUUGUGGGCAUGACUCUGUGGGGAGGGGAGAUCCCGGGAGACUCGUCAGACAACUAUCACGGACAGCUCAGGGCUAAAAGGAAGGUGGUAAAGAUGAUGAUCAUCGUAGUGGUGACCUUUGCCCUCUGCUGGCUGCCCUAUCACACUUACUUCAUUGUAACCGGUCUCAACAAGGCACUGAAAAAGUGGAAGUACAUCCAGCAGUUUUACCUGUCAGUGCUGUGGCUGGCAAUGAGCUCCACCAUGUACAACCCCAUCAUCUACUGCUGCCUCAACAGCAGGUUUCGAGCCGGCUUCAAGCGAGCGUUUCGUUGGUGCCCGUUCAUCCAGGUGUCCAGCUACGACGAGUUGGAGCUACGCUCCACGCGUCUGCAUCCAACCCGCCAGAGCAGCGUGUACACGCUGUCGCGGAUGGAUACCUCCAUGGUGUUGCUUUACGACCCCACCGUGGGCAACGGCGGCUCUGGUAGGAAGCAGUCCCUGUCGGCCAAAAAGAGAAGCUACGUCACUUCUCGCCACACGGAGAUCGCCAGAUGCAACGGCGACGGUGCAAAGACGCAGAACGGAGAGGUUCCGUGCGUUCAACCAGAAGAUUUCUCUUGAAGGGUGCAUUCAGAGACACAUGCAGGCAAAGAAAAGUCAGAUUGCAGUGGACAUACAAAUGGGGGGAACAGAUGUUUGUUUUUUAUUUAGACCGGAUUUCUUUAUCAGCUGAGACACAGUGUGAACAAAUGAAUUUUCAGUUGAACCCUUGUUCCCCUGUUCCCUACAUUAACGCUUAAAAGCUUAGAGUAUUAAAGCACUUGUAGUAAAUCUCACCAAGACGAGUAAGGCAGCUUAGAUACAUUUCACAGCCGAACUGCUGUAAGCAAAUACAGCAAGCACCACAGGUUUUUCCAGCGGUUUCCCAAACAUUGUAUCUUGUGUUGUCUUGUAAAUUACUGACAGAGAGGAGAUGUGCGUGGUGCCGGAGGCUCUUUCACAAAACCGGAUUCGAGCAGUAUUUACACGCUGUUCCAAGGGGCAGAGUCACAAUUCACAAAAGGAUUGAUGAUUGCAAAAAACGUCUCAUCCAUCCUCACGCGUUAAUUAUUGAUACCUCUCAAAAUCAAUGAUAGCGGAAAUGAUCCCGUAGCAAAUUGCCAGUUGGUGAAACCAACCUCUGCUUUAGGAAAGAUCCAUAUUGCCUUAAGACACUACAGUUUGGGAUCUAUUCUGGACCUGUUGAUCGUCUAAAUUCAAGACUUUGCCUUUAAGAGAUACUUUGAAGUCUUCUUCCUAUCUAAUGAAAGUCCCUUUUGCAUUAAUCACAUACUGCAAGUAGCUGUUCCAUUAUAGUACUUUCAGCUCUGACUGGAAAUAGCUUAAACGCAGCCAGUGUGCUGCUGCUUAAUUAACACUUUCAUUAUUUUACCACAGUAAAAAUUAUUGAUGACUAAAUGAAUCUGUUCCGUGUGGAGCUGCUAGGAGUGCAAGACCAUCUCACAGUGGAGAGGAUUCGAAAAAACAACAACGGUGGUUUUAAUUACUUAAGAAUGUUAUUAUUUUAAUUUCCAUAUGUAACUAAUAAGUGCAAACUCCAUGUGACGCGGAUGAUGCACUCUGCAUCAAUUUCCCCCUGAAGCCACGAAUAAGCGGCUGCAGAAGGGGGCCGAUUGAACGGCGGUCGAUUGAACCUCAUUUGGUGCAGCACGCUGAUGAAAAGGGAACAGAUUGAAAGAAAAACUCGGGACUCGCUCUGCGACUAAUGAAGGAAAAAAAAAACAAAGGAAGCUGCACAUUGAAGUGCAACCUUGGUUUUACUGUUCAUUAUCUUUCUUUUAAUUGCCUUCACACUGGUCAUUAUGAGAAAGCGAGACAGUUGCUAUCGCGGUCGUUAGUGUUUCAGUAUUUCCUUCCAGCAUGCUGUUUCCCUUUGUUGAAUCUUUAUUUAAAUACCUGCUUGUGUGCACCCGCAGUGUUGAAGCUGCUCCAAGUAGAAUGGUAGCUUGUGCCAGGUGAACCGUGCUCUAAUAAUAAUAAUAUAAUAUGUACCAUAUGACCAGUGUGUUCCCACUGCUAGGAACGUGUGUUGUAAUCAUUGUAACUGUUUGAUAUAUUUCAGAAAAAGUUCUUCUCAUUCUUUAAAGAUACUACAAAAUAAACAAAACUAUGUUUGCAGAGUCCUCUUUGUAGGCCUGAGUGAUAGCAGAUACAUGUGUUUCAACAAAAGUAUGGAAGAAAAGUCUCAAAUCUUCUGGGUUGACAUAAAGUUACAACCAUCAAAACAUGACACGUCAUUAAUUAUUCUUACUAACAGUACUGAAUGUCAAAAGACUCCAUGAAAGUAUUUACUCAAGAAUGUGAAAAACAAGUAGUGCAUUUCAGUGUUUUUAAGCUAUCGUCUGAAAUCCUUGUGGUUGAAUAUUUGUACGUGGUGAUUAAUCUGUUUUCAUGUUCCUCCGUGUACUUGUGUGUGUAUCUUUGUUUUGAAUGUACAGUACAAUAUGGGCCUCUAUCUCUUUCAAGUGGUGACCGUAUUGUUUGUUCUGUCUAUAAAGGAUCAAUUGUUAAUUCGGACCGUAGUCUCAUUUCUUUGCUCGUACAACCAAUGAAUAAACAAUUUUGAUGUCA